CGGCCAUGUGAUUAUUGUUUUCUCCGUUGCCUUCGCCGGGAGAGGCCAGUCAAGCUAACCACAGCGGCGAGAUGCUGUUAAUGAGCCGUGGCGGGGGAUGCUGCGCUCACCAACCCGUGGAGGGACGCAGCGUGGCACGGGGAGGCGCCAUGCUGAUCGGAUGCUGCCGCCCCGCAAGAUCUCCCACUCGUGCUCGGCUGGACUGCUCCCCACCUUCAGCCGGCUACAGGUGGGCGGGGACGGACAGGUGAAGGCGCCGCCCCCCGCCCGCGCCCCCGCUCUCCACCACGGCCCCGUCACCAUUCCUCACGCCGGGGGGCUUCUGAGGGUAUGGGCCGAGGUCCGUAGCGGCGCCCUCCACAUAUACCCCCAGCGGGCCGCCACCCUGCCGUCCCUGGUGGUGGGGCAUCUGGAGGCCUGCCGCGUGUCCCUGGCCAGCCUGACCCCUGACCCAUCAUCAUCAUCAUCAGCAUCAUCGUCAGCAGGAUCCUCACCCUUCGCCUCCUUCGUCGCCGCCUCCUCCAACGUCUCCGUCCCCGCCCACUGCGUCACCGUUCACCGUCAGGUACGGGAGGAGGUGCGGCUGCUGCUGGGGACGCGAGAGGAGGCCGAGGCGUGGGCGGGGAUGCUGCAGGUGACCGCCGUGUCCCGCUCCCUGCAGCUGGAGGGCCUCAACCUAGAGUGCGGGGCUGCAGACUGCUCCCUGCCAGGUGUUGAUGGCUCGGCAGGUGAAGAUGACAGCCUCGAUGAUGGACCACGCGAGGACGAGGACGAGGGCGAGGGCGAGGGUGAGGACGAGGACGAGGAGGACAGGACUGAAGAAGCUCUCGCCAGUCUGAUCAACCUCCUUCAACCUUUUUAUUGCGGGGAUGACGUAGGGAGCGGAAGUUCCUGCGACAUGGAAAGCCCUGAAGAGGAAGACGAAGAAGGCGACGGCGGAGGAGGAGAAGGAGUGGACGUAGAAGGAGGAGAGGGAGGGGUACUAGAAGGAGACAUCCCCCCGCCGUCCCCCUCCUCCUCCCUCUCCUCCACCACUACCGUAGAAGGGACUGAAGUUCGCCUCCGCCGCCCCCUCCGCCUGUCUCCUGACGAUGACGGGGGCCGAAGGGAGUUGCUGCAGCAGAUGUUGGCCACCAAGUCCCUGCUGGAGAAGAAGCAGAGGAACCGACGCUCAGGGGCGGGCGCGUGGGCGGUGACGGCCGGGGAGGUGGAGAACGAGUACGACAGGGCGCAGUACGAGGCCCAGCAGUCAGCCCUGAGGAAGGCGGUCAUCCUGCGCCAGAGGAAGAACUCCACGGCCAUCAAGAUGGCAACACUGGAGCGCCAACAAUCCAACAAGGGGAAGAAGCAGAAACAGAGGAAGCAGAGAGGGAAGACGGAGACAGCAGGCGGCAGUAUCAUAACCUCUAACGGAGGAGGGGGUGGCGGGGGCAGCGGCAGCAGGAAAGGCCGAGGGAAAGGAGGAGGAGGCGGAGUAGGAGGAGGAAGAGGAGGACUCGUUUGGGACGCGAUAAGGGAGUUGGGAGUCGGAGUGGAAGUUGGAGACGAGGACGUAAGCCACCAACUCGAGACUUUACGAAGGCGACUUAGCGCCCUGGACAGUGAGUUGAGGGAGAGUAAGCAGACCACGGAGAGGACACUUCAGGACCUGCAGCAGCGACGGGAACAGGAGUUGCAUCUCAUCAAGGACCUGGGGGGUGUUGCGGAGGACCUGUCCCUCGUGGGGGGCGGCGCGGCGGGGGCAGGGGGGCUGUCGGAGGCAUCCUUACUCAAGAACAAUAUUGGUGGAGGUGGAGGAGGUUCCCUAAUGGGCUCCCUCUCCUCCAUUCCCUCCAUCGUGCUCUCCUCCUCCUCCAACCUCAGCGGCGGCGGGGAGAAGAAAACGUCAGAGAAAAUCUUCGGUAUUAAGAAGGGCGGCAGCAGCAAAGAGGGGCGGACCAAGGCGCGCAACCCCCUGCACUUCCUGGACCUGAAGCUGCGAGUGUCACGCCGCCACAAGAGCACCGAGUGUCUCAGCGAACGACCCGCCGCCACGCAUGACAGAUCCCACAACAGCACCCCAGGAAACGGCUCAUUCAGCGACAACAGCAGCGACGAGGAGGGAGCCGACUCUCAGCACCCACAGCAACAACCACAGCAGCAGCCACAGAGCCCCACCGCCACGCCCCAGCAGCAGCAGAUGGACGGGCUGGGCGGCGUGCGAACGGAGGUCAGCGUGGAGGCCCUUCGCGAGAUCGAGGCGUUCAAGCAGCUCAUCCACCGCUACUUCGCCACGCACCCACGCCACGACAGCAUCACCGCGCACGCCAGGGAGAUACUGCUCUGAAGGCGAGUUUGUAGCGACCUGCCUUCCUCUACUUUACCUCCCUGUCAUCGAUCUACACUUCUCUUUUUCUGUCCUCAAUGCCAUCUGAUCGCUUUCUUUCUUCUCUCAUCGCACGCCAGGGAGAUACUGCUCUGACGGCGAGUGUGAGCGACCUUGCAUUUUCAUCCUCUCUUUCUCCUUCAUUUCACUCAUUUCUGCCCUCGUAUCCUUCUUCUUUCCUUCUUCUGUCUUUUAAUUCUUUCUGAUUCCUCUCCCGUUAGGUUAAAGGGAGAUGUUGUUCUAGAAGACGAGUGUGUAUAUAUUUUGUAGUGAAUUGCCUCCCUCUCCUCUACUUCGCUCUCUUCUGUCUUCAAUUCUUUGCAUUCCUUUUUUUCUGUCCUUAAUUCCUUCUAACUUCUCACUCGUCUCUCUUGUCAGGCUUUAAGAAGGUACUGCUCAAAAGACGAGUGUGACCUGCCUUCCUCUUCUUCACUUCCCUCUCUUCUGUCCUCUCUCUCUUCUCUUCUUUGGUCUUUCUUUUGUACCUCUUGAUCGCUUCCUUCCUUCUCUUAUCCCAUCGCAUUCCAUAGAGAUAUUGCGUUAGAAGGCGAAUGUAUAGUGCCUUAUUUUUCCUCUCCUUCACUUCCUUCCUUGCCUUUCUUUUGUUCUCUUCUUAGUUCCUUCUGAUCCUCUUCCUUCUCCCCACUCGUCUUUCUUGUCAGGCUCCAGGGAAAUACUGCAUGUUGUAGAAUGUUAGUUUCAAGCAUGUCACAUUCCUCCACUUCACUUCACCCCUCUGUCUUCCCUCUCGUCCUUCUCUUCAAGGCCUCUAAGGAAAUGCUGUUGUAGAAGGUUGUUAUAGUGUGGAGUGGGUGUUCUUUCCUUCUUUAACCUGUGUUUUUCUCUCAUUCUCGUUUCCCUCUUCUCCCUUUUCCUUCUGCUCUCCAUUCUCACAUUCCAAGGACAUACCGCUGUAUCCGACUACACACCCCUGGCUUGAAGAAAUGUUUUAUAUUAUAGUGUGUUGUACCUUAUGUUUUUUUGUGUGUUCUUAUGUCUUAUCCACCACCAAGCUUCUUUCCUUUCUCGCAUUCAUUCUUCUCUCUCACCUUCACUCUCCUUUCUUCUCUCCUCUCUUCCCUCUCCUCUCCUCCUCCUCCUCCUCCUCUUCUUCCACUUACGUUUACUUUCCCUAUAUUACUGUACAAAUAAAAGUGUAUCUGUAAAGUUGUAUAAAAAAAUAUAGAUACGUAGAAUAAGUAGACAAGUUUGUAAAGAGAAGAAGGUAAUGUAAUGAAUGUCCCUUCUUCACAUGAGUUGUUGGGAAGUAAUGUAAAGUUUGUUUGUGUUUUUUUGUAAUUAAUUAAUGUAGUAAAUUAUUAUUAUUGUAAAUUGUAAAGUGUAUGUAUGUAUGUAGCUCUGUAUUGUCUACCGUAGUUGUGUAGUGUAUGGUGGUGAUGGAGGUGAUGUGGUGAUGAUGUAGGGGUGGGUAGUGAUGUUGAUGGAUUGGUGAUGUGUUCCAGUCAAUUCAUUUUUAUUGUUUAUUUUUUUAUUACUUUUUUUGUGUGUGCCUCCAUCACCCCAUCUUCCAAACCCUUAGCCAAGCAUGUGUAGUUUUUUUUUUUUUUUUUUUUUUUUUUUUUUUUUUUUUUUUUUGUGUGUGUGUGUGUGUGUGUGUGUGUGUGUGUGUGUGGUUGCUAUAGUUGGUGGUGUUGUCUAUGGUAGUGGUUGAGGUGGUGAUGGUGAUCGUGGUGACAUUGUCUUUCAAUUAUAUACACAUGAAAUGAGACAAAUUUAAAGAGCUAGAUAAACAAACACAAGAUUAAAGCCCACAGAAGAUAAAUUUAAGCUCCAAAGUGAAAUCAAGAACAAGUUAGACAAGUGUUAUAUAUUCCAUUGUUUUGUACCUUAUGUUUUUGUGUUCUCGUCCACCACCACCACCACCAUACCCCUACUUCAUACACACACACACACACACACACACACACACACACACGCACACGGCUCACCAUUCCUUACCCUUUGUACACAUUCUGACUCAGGGCCACUUUCACGGUUCGUCAUGAUGGGUUAGUAAGCCUCCCAACCAAUACCAAAGACUUCAAAACUUCCUUGUGUAGUGUUUGGUGUUCAUAUUUAAGUUCAGAAAUUCUACUAAACUAUACACCGGAAAUCUCUUGUGUAUCUGGUGUUGCAUUGAAAACCUCACGACUAUUGAUGGUAUGAGACUGAAGAGUUUGGUUAGGGCGAUUACAAAGCCACUGUGUUGGGCUGUGAGAUCGGCUCCAAAAACCCUGUAGUUGUAGUAGUAAACGUAGCAUGAUUUCUAGUAGGGUUAUUAGUGACAGGAGAAGUAUAUGUCGUAAGUCUAUCAGUAGAAAAGUAAUUGUAUUAGUAUUAGUAAUGUGUAUAACAAGAGGCUAUUUUGAGUACUAUAUAUAAUCAGAGGCUACUACUUAAUAAUAAUGAUAACAACAAUGAUGAUGAUGAUGUCUAACCCACCAAUAAUGUUUUUCAAAGAUGACAUUUAUGAUUUUA